AUGGUGAACCGCGCGUUUUCAAAGUUAUAUGCCGACGAUGGUGUGCGUGGCUUAAACCGCUCUAGAUGCGAGAUCAGAGCAUAUUGCAAUCUAAAACUAUAUGGAAUAUGCGACGGUGGUUACGUGCCGAAGUUCUACGGCUAUAUGCUAACCGUCAAUCCAGCCAGCUGGGCACCUCACCUCGAAGCUUUUCAUCAUGACAGUGGUCUUCCAAGCGCUGUUUUAAUUGAGUACCUGCCGCAACCCCUGGUGAUGAACUCUGUCACUUACAGCAAAGAUCGCAUGCAGAAGGUUGCAAUAGGUAUUCAGCAAAUCCAUUUGGCUUUGAUUGAACACAACGAUCCUUAUCCUAAGAACAUCUUGAUUGUUCCUGAUGACCCAGAAAGGGAACGUAGGUGGAUUGAGGAGGAAUCUCUGUGUGUUGGAGGCUUUGGAAUAAAAGUUGCUUCUACAGGCAGAUGA